UUCUAGUUUGUGAUAUGACGAGGUAGAGGUUAAAAAAAGAAGAAAGAAAAGAAGGAUGAAGGCAGUGGCUCUUCUUCGUCCUCCCUACAUCCCAUCAUUUCCUUCACGCCCUCACUUCUACUGUCUUCCAAAACGCACAAAUCUUCCUGCCUCAUACUCCUCUCACAGGACAGAGUCUCCGGUAAAAGCAGAAGAUAGUACUAUUCCAAGGUCGGAGGAGUACAGGUAUCAAUUCUAUGAUGAUUGGUUUCUCGCUCUCUUUCGUAACAAAAUGGUGAAGGAAGUUGGAUGGGAUUCAGAGAAAGCAGGAUAUGAUGGAUUGAUUGAAGUAGCCAGUCGUCUCAUGUUGAGGAGGACCCCUUCUGAUACUACAGAUGCAGCUGUUAGAAUACUGAGGUCCUUGUUUCCUCCAUUUUUACUGCAUCUGUAUAAAUCGCUGGUAUCACCUAUAGGAGGAGGAAAACUAGCUGCUAUGAUGGUUGCAAGAGUGACUGUAAUCACUUGUCAGUGGCUCAUGGGCAUAUGCAAGGUUAAUUCUGUUGAUCUUCCUGAUGGAUCCUCGUGGGAGAGUGGGGUUUUUGUAGAAAGAUGCAAGUAUUUAGAAGAAAGCAAAUGUGUAGGGAUUUGUGUCAACACUUGCAAGCUUCCAACUCAGACCUUUUUCAAGGAUUACAUGGGGAUUCCUUUACUGAUGGAACCAAAUUUCAACGAUUAUAGCUGUCAGUUCAAAUUUGGGGUCCUUCCUCCGCUACCUGAAGAUGACGGCACUCUCAAGGAACCUUGCCUGGAGGUAUGCCCAAUUGCAAGCAAAAGAAGGGGAGCUGCUUCAGACAUGGUCAUAAUGCGAUGUCCAAAGGCAUAGUUUGCUCACUGCCAUUUAAUUAAGAUUUCAUCACUGACAUUUCUUAACUUGCAUAUCAUUAUGAAAUGUAUCUAUGAUCUAUCUAUCUACAGUCAAGAGAUAUAUCAGCUUUUCCA